CUGCCUCAUCUUCUUGCCCCUCCAGAUGCUGCUGCUUCUGCUGAGUUUGGCACUAGGUACAGAACCCGGGGCUGGGGCACUGCGGCUCAACAGCACCGAAGGCUGUGAGAUCAUCCACCCACCGCGGGAUGGGGGGAUCCGGUACCGGGGUCUCACCCCUGACCAGGUGCAGACUGUGCGCUUCCUGCCCUUCAACUAUGAGAUUGAGUACGUGUGCCGGCCUGACCGCGAGAUCGUGGGCCCCAAGGUGCGCCAGUGCCUCCGCAAUGGGACCUGGACCGACAUGAGCCACCCCAGCCGCUGCCUGAGGAUGUGCCCCAAGAUUCACCUGAGCCUGGAGAAUGGGCGGGCGGUGCCCCAGGCCAUGGAGCGGGUGCCAGUGGAGGGCACCUGGGUGGAGUAUCACUGCAACUCUGGCUUCCGCCUGGUGGGCAGCUCCCGCAGCAACUGCACCAAGGCAGGGCGCUGGACCUCCCCCAAGCCUAUCUGCGAGUUGCGGCGCUCCACCGGCAAGAAGGCGGUGCACAUCGGGGCGCUGUUCCCCAUGAGCGGCGGCUGGCCGGGGGGGCAGGCCUGCUUGCCCGCUGUCCGCAUGGCGCUCGAGGAUGUGAACAGCCGCAGAGACAUCCUGCCUGACUACGAGCUGCGCCUCAUCCACCACGACAGUAAGUGUGACCCGGGCCAGGCCACCAAGUACCUCUACGAGCUGCUCUACAAUGACCCCAUCAAGAUCAUCCUGAUGCCAGGCUGCAGCAGUGUCUCAACCCUGGUGGCAGAGGCUGCCCGUAUGUGGAACCUCAUCGUGCUCUCAUACGGCUCCAGCUCACCGGCGCUCUCCAACCGCCAGCGCUUCCCCACCUUCUUCCGCACACACCCGUCGGCCACGCUGCACAACCCCACCCGUGUUCAGCUCUUCAAGAAGUGGGGCUGGACCAAGAUCGCCACCAUCCAGCAGACCACAGAGGUCUUCACCUCGACCCUGGAUGACCUGGACCAGCGGGUGAAGGAGGCUGGGCUUGAGAUCACCUUCCGCCAGAGCUUCUUCUCUGACCCGACUUCUCCUGUCCGUAACCUCAAGCGCCAGGACGCCCGCAUCAUUGUGGGGCUCUUCUAUGAGACUGAGGCACGCAAGGUCUUCUGCGAGGUUUACAAGGAGAAGCUGUACGGGAAGAAGUAUGUGUGGUUCCUGAUUGGCUGGUACGCUGAUAACUGGUUUCGCAUCAAGGAUCCUGCCAUUAACUGCACCGUGGCUGAGAUGACAGAAGCCGUGGAGGGGCAUGUCACCACCGAGAUUGUCAUGCUGAACCCUGAAAACACCCGCAGCAUAUCCAACAUGACAUCACAGGAGUUUAUUGAAAAGCUGCAGAAACGCCUAGGCAAGAACCCAGAGGAGACAGGGGGCUUCCAGGAGGCACCCCUGGCCUACGAUGCCAUCUGGGCCCUGGCCCUGGCGCUCAACAAGACCUCGGCUGAGCUGGUGAAGAAGGGACUGCGGCUGGAGGACUUCAACUACAACAACAAGAACAUCACCGAUGAGAUCUACCGUGCCCUCAACUCCUCUGCUUUUGAGGGCGUCUCUGGCCAUGUCGUGUUUGAUGCCAGUGGCUCUCGUAUGGCCUGGACCCUCAUCGAACAGCUGCAGGGCGGUGUCUACAAGAAGAUUGGUUACUAUGACAGCACCAAGGACAACCUGUCCUGGUACAACAACGAUAAGUGGAUUGGAGGUGCCCCCCCAGCUGACUACACCAAGGUCAUCACAACCUUUCGCUUCCUGUCGCAGAAGCUCUUCAUCUCGGUGUCGGUGCUGGCCAGCCUGGGCAUCCUGCUGGCCAUCAUCUGCCUGGCCUUCAAUAUCUACAAUGGGCAUGUCCGGUACAUCCAGAACUCUCAGCCCUACCUGAACAACAUGACGGCUGUGGGCUGUACACUGGCACUGGCUGCUGUCUUCCCCCUUGGCCUGGACGGCUACCACAUCGGACCUGGGCUCUUCCCCUUUGUCUGCCAGGCACGGCUGUGGCUGCUGGGGCUGGGUUUCAGCCUGGGCUACGGCAGCAUGUUCACAAAGAUCUGGUGGGUCCACACCGUCUUCACCAAGAAGGAAGAGAAGAAAGAGCGACGCAAGACCCUUGAGCCCUGGAAGCUGUACGCCACAGUAGGGUUGCUGGUCGGGCUAGACGUCGUCACGCUGGCCAUCUGGCAGAUUGUGGAUCCGCUCCACCGCACUAUUGAGGAAUUCACCAAAGAGGACCCUAAAACGGACAUUGACGUUUCGAUCCUGCCCCAGCUGGAGCACUGCAGCUCCACCAAGAUGAACACCUGGCUCGGCAUCUUCUAUGGCUACAAGGGGUUGCUGCUGCUGCUGGGCAUCUUCCUGGCCUAUGAGACUAAGAGUGUCUCUACAGAGAAGAUCAAUGACCAUAGGGCUGUGGGCAUGGCCAUCUACAACGUGGCAGUGCUGUGUCUGAUCACUGCCCCUGUCACCAUGAUCCUGAACAGCCAGCAGGACGCUGCCUUCGCCUUCGCCUCGCUGGCCGUCGUCUUCUCCUCCUACAUCACCCUGGUGGUCCUCUUCGUGCCCAAGAUGCGGCGUCUCAUCACCCGAGGGGAAUGGCAGUCAGAGCAGCAGGACACCAUGAAGACUGGCUCAUCCACCAACAACAACGAAGAGGAGAAGUCCCGGCUGCUAGAAAAGGAGAACAGGGAGCUGGAGAAAAUCAUUGCUGAGAAAGAGGAGCGGGUCUCGGAGCUGCGCCAGCAACUGCAUGACCGCCAGCAGCUGCGCUCACGGCGCCGCUCCUCCAACCCCUCCCGGGACAGCUGUGCUGCUGACAACCACUUUGCCAAUGCGUCAGGCACCAUGCCCACCCUCUACCAGCCCAGCCUGCCCCUGGUGCGCUGUCUCGUCUCUGAGCAGGCCGACAAGCUGGGGCGCAGCAACUGCGAUGGCAGCCGCGUCCACCUGCUCUACAAAUGACUGCCAUGUGGCUGGGGACAGGGCUAGGGUAGGGGUUGGGGACAGGGCAGGGGGCAGGGUACAAGAAGGGGGCAGAGCUCAGGGGGGCUCUUCUUUUUUAACCACAUCUCUAAUCUUUGUAAAAUAUUGCUGUCUCUGUCCGUCGGUCCAUCCGUCUGCCCCACGCCCCUCAGUGUCUGGGAUCCAGGGGCUAGCAUUGGCUCUCCAUGGAGCAGGUACCAGGGCCAUAGAGUCUGGGGUAUGCCCUGGCUUAGCAUCAUUUGAGUGUCUGUCAGCCGGUGUGGGUGGGGGCCAGAAGGGGCAGCAUCAGAUGGGACAGGGUCAGCUGCUCAGAACCCAGAUGCAGGGGGUGAAUGGAGAAGGGAAAAUACACCGGUGUUGCUCGUGUUCUUGUGCUGGGUGUCCAGUCACGCUGUAGCACACCGUCAGACCUGAUUGCCUUCUACGUACAGUCACUGUGUUGUGAACAGCCAGAUCCAGUUACUGGUACACGCAAUCAAGGUGUGUUGCGCACCCAGAUUUAGCUCUUUGUAUGUAUGGUGUUAUUGUAGCCUACGAUCAGGUCUGGUUAUUCGUAAGUACAGUCAGCCUAUAGCACACCACCAGAUCUGGUCAUUUGUACAGCUGUGUAGUGCACAGCUGGCUAUGGUUACUGUAAUGUACUGUCAGGCUGUAGUGUACAGCUGGGUCUAGAUACUCAGAAGUAUGGUCAGCCUGUAGCGCACAACUGACUGCUUAUUUGUAUGUACAAUCAAAUUGUAUUGCACACGCAGGUCUGGUUACUGCAAUGUACUUUCAGACUGUAGUGCACAACCAAUUCUGGUUACCAGCAUGUACAAUCAAAUUGAAUUGCACACCUGGGUCUGGUUACUGUAAUGCAUUUUUUCAUACUGUAGUGCACAACAGGCUCUGAUUGCUCAUAUGUACGGUCAGACUAGCACACGCCAAACUCUGAUUACUGUUGAGUGCAGUCAGGCUGUAGUGCACAACUGUUUCUGAUUAUUUGUAUGUACAAUCAAAAUGUAGUGCACAACCAGCUCUGGUUACCUGUUGGUACAGUCAGACUGUACCCCAGAACCAGGGUUGGUUAUUGUAUAUGUGUGGUCAUAGUGCACAUUCUGGUCUGGUUACUGUCAUGUACUCUCAGACUGUUGUGUACAACCAGAUCUGGUUUCUUAUAUGUACAGUUGCACUUUAGUCAACAACUGGAUCUGGUUAUUCUCAUA